GAAAAGCAGAAAAUAAUUGUCAACCGCCAAUGUCACUUGCGUCAACUUUUUUACUACGCAAAGAUUUAUUCUGUUGGGUUAUAUUAAUUAAAAACUAUUUACUUAUUACCUAUGUCCAAACGUAAUAAGGAAUCAGCUCCUAAGGUUGAAAAUUGGGAGAAUUUUGUAAUUUCGACAGACUUAAACUGUGUCGAUAGGAGAAGAAGUUGUGAUGUAAUUUUUGUAGCAGAAAGAAUUCCAAAACACACACAGUAUUUGGUAAGAUUUUCUUACGGUGCUUCGAUUACACCUCAAAGUAAUGUGAAAUGUGUUACAUACUCUUCGCUAUUAGAAUACAUUCUAAAUGCAAAGAACGUUUCGUCCUCCGCAGACGACUCCCACAUCAGUCAAAUGUUCAAUUACGCUGCGAAACAAACACCUGGCAAUAGUAUAAGUGAACUGGAAAAAUCUAUUACUCCCAUUGGCAUGUCGUUAUUUAUAAAGCUCCAAAUAAUGAAAAUAAUUGAAGAAGACGUUUGGUUAGAGAAGAACGUAAUUCUUAAAGCUAAAAUUUCUGAAGCUGAAAGACUACAGGAAACAUCUAUUUCCACAUCUUCUAAAGAAACGAAAAAAGGAAAAGAAAAAGCUGCUAAACAAAGUAAUAAAAAGAGUACAGUCAAAGAACCUUGCGCAACAGAAAACCUAUUGAACGCUAGUCCGAAUGCUUUAAAACUUUGCUUGGACACUAUAGACGUACCGUACAAGCAUUUGAUUAUAACAUUGAUAGGAUUUCUGGAACCUGAAUUGUUUUCGCAGUUAUUUACUAACGGCGUCCCUGUAAUCUGUUUAUUGGAAAUUACUUCAAACGGUCAAGAUGACAUGUUGAACUAUUUUUUGCUUCCUCAGGAACUCACCCAGUACUAUACAUUUACAAGGAAAGAAGAGAGUAAUACAAAAGUAGAAACAUCGGCGGAUAAUUUUACGUCUAUUUCUAAAAUCGCGAACACAGUACAAUUAACACAAGACAGUUCCGAUGAAGUCAAUAAAUUGAAGGAGUCGCGCUCGUUAAAAAACAAAAUGAGUGUUUCAAUUUCAUUCAGAGAAUUUUAUAACUUCUCCAACUUUGAGCUAGAGGCUCCUGAAUCUUUUGUUAAGCGUACUAGCAACCAAAGUGUUUUAGAAACCCCUGUGCAUAACGAUUGUUUUUCCUUAUUUAAGCGCUUUUGGGACAAAGCUUAUGAACUGUUUCAAAGCGACGCACAAGCAGAUUAUGUGGAAAACACUUUUCAUAUGAAGUACGAUCCCGAAAGGGAAGUUUUUGCAAGUACUUCCGAUAUGAACGAAUUUGUAAACGAAUGCUUCGAUAUAUUUGAGGCAGUGAGCAGUUUCCUUAAGGCGGUGCCUACUACUAUCCGACAAUAUAUCAACUAUAUAAAAAAUAUGAGGCUCGAUCGACUAUCAGAACAAAUACAGGCUAUUAGUGUAGAGCAAUUACUGACUUAUAAGAAUAUGAUGAGGAAAGUUUCACCCGAAUGCUUCACUAUACCAUUAUUGCUUCAUUGUUUAGUUGAAGAGGUCCAUAAUAGACAUGAGUCUCAAUUUCAAACGUGGCAGUUAGACGUCCAAAGGGAAUCUGUACUUUUAGACAAACAUAAAGAAAAGGCGCCUUUAUCUCUAAAAAUGUUUCUAGCAAAAUUGUCUAAACCAAAAUUAAUUAACGUCGUAACCAAACGUAUAGGUGUUCUAAAAAUGCCCCAAUGUUCAUAUGAAAAUUUAGAAUUGGUAACAACAGUCAAAUCUAGGAAUUACGAUAGGGAGUGUACCAAUAAAAUUAUUUUGAUGCCGUUUAAAAUUCACGAAAAUAAUUGUAUCGAAAAAGCAGCAAACUUUUACAGGAAAAGCGUUUCUGCUGAUUUAUUCAAUGCUAACAUUAAUAUUUUAUCGUUUUUGCUUCCUGCACUUCUUUUGAAACAAAGGUUUACAAAUCUUAACGAUAUCAAGAAGCUUAUGGACGAAUGCAAUUUACAAGGGUGGUGUCAACAACUGAACUUGCCACUUUCUAAGUUGAUAGAUGUUAUUCAUUUAUUGUUGUUUAGUACCCACAUUCGGAAAAGAAGUACCCUCGAAAUACAACAAAAGGCUACUAAAGUUUAUGAUCAAAGAUUUCCUACAAAAUCUAUUACUGAACAAGUUCAGCAAGAGGGUGUUCGGAUAGAAGGAGAGGAAACCUCGAAGGCAAUUUCAAACGGAAUUCAUAAUGAGCAAAGCAGUUUGAGUUCAGAAAGAGAUUGUAAAUUGGACAAAGUUCCAAAAAUUCCGUACAUCGAUUUAUAUGGAAUUAAGUAUUCUGAGAAAUUGAAAGCGGCAGUUCUACUUCAAAAACUCUUCUCCGUCCAAACUCAGUACCCAUACAUCCAGUACAGGUACGUCCCUUUAACUGACUCCUUAUUGAUUUACUUUUACCAAAGUUCUAAUAAAUACGGAACAGUAACCGAAGUAUUCAAUCAGAGCUUACCGACACCGGUAUGCAUUCGAGAUUUUUGCCGUUUUGUAGUUCAUGAUAUUCAGGAAUGGCUAGAAAAGGAAGAAAAAGAAUAUUUAACCGUGCAAGAAGAUAAUCAAGAUGACCGACGUGAAGAUUUAAUUUGCAACGUGAAGUUGGAAGAAGAGGUUGCUUCAGUUAAGGGAAAACAAUCUGAGAAGGGCAAAAAAAAGGAAGAAAUAGUAAUAGAACCGGAGGUGCCUCCAGUUGCACCUACAAAAGUACUGCUUCCGCAAUGUGCGUCAUCAGAUAAACCAUACGCUUUUUAUGGUUAUGAUUUGGGUUCAGCAAGGGUUCAGUUAACAGGUUCCUCGUCGACUUUGUAUAGUAAAGAUGGCACUACCGUUAUAGUGGACAAGACCUCCUGGAUAGGCGCCGAAAAGACAAUAACCAUAAGGAUCAAAUUAUUGCAUCAUUUGUUUAUUAUGCAUUUACCCAAUAAUCAGUGUAACGACAAUGACAAUACGUUACGUUUUCAUUUUAGUUUAUCAGAUGAUACUAUCAUUUGCUUUUCUAAAACCAGAAGUCUUUCAAAUUCAAUGGCGACGCUUUACGAGAGACAGUGUACCUACGAAUACAAAACCAAGAAAGGGCAUCUUUCGUCGGCUUACAAACCACCACUAAAAAAUGUCUAUUGUUUCUCUCAAGAACAGGACGCUCCGUUAAAUCCCCUAACUAUACCGUUCGUAACAAAAGAAGAACUCGUCAUCCCUCCUUCGCCAAUCGGAUGUUUUCUUCAGUAUCUUCAAAGAUUAAACGAAAACAUUAUAAGCAACUUUCCUUAUAAACUUGAUGAAUUAGAAUCCGAAAAGUCGACUGUUGAAGAAGAAAUGCAUUAUGAUGAAGAAGAAUUUCUUGAAGAGACAAUAGGAAGCAACCAGAACGAGAUUAAUGGAAUAGAAAAUGAAGAAACUGUCGAUUUGAAUCCGUUCGAAUUGUCUGAUUUUUCACCAGAUAUUAAGCCAACCAUUUCAAGUGUUAUGUCCAACAGUACGUUUGCUUCUGAUCAAAAAAUGAAAAAGCGCAAAAAAUAUGCGGUGAAAAAUUCGAUGUUGCGUCCUUCGCAGAGAAAUAAAAUACUUAAAUUUUUAGGAAUAGAGAAUCAACUGAAAUAUCCAAAGUUUAAAAUUAUAUCCAGUAUGUUGCACAGAAACGAGUAUAUCAAGAGGAUAAAGUCGUCUGUUACCAUACCAGUUGGAGAAUCAACAAAGAAGCUGCUUAUUAAAACGACAUUCCCGAGAGCUCGAAAAGUUGUGAAAAUCACCAAAUGGUAUCCGACUUUUCUUACGGAUACCACCGAUGAUACCAAAAAACAUAAAUUUGAGUUCCAGUCAUCGAUGAAGUCAGGACUCAUGAUUGUAACUAUUCCUGGCUUCGGAGACGCUUCUAUUCAAAUAAAGCAGUUUUACGUUGAUAAAGGACCCGCUUGCUCUAUUAUACUAGAUGAAGAGUUUAGAAUUUUUGUUGAUGGAAUGGUUAUUAUCAAAGGGCGCGAUGGCAACUAUAAAAUACUUUGUGCCGAUUCAUCUAUAGUAUAUUUCGAAAUGCCACACUCCCAAAAACAUGAAAAAAUCAACCUACGACCACCGAUUUCUAAGGAUAAGUACGGUAAAGUUAAACGUUUCGAUUACGUACCCCUAGGGCUAAAAGACAAGAAAACUCGACGCGAAAAACGCAGACUCUUUAAAUUAAUAUGCCGCAAAGGAAAGCACCUAAUAGACGGUCCAAACAGAUUUUUGUUCCAAAGACAAAGAAAGCAACUUCGAAAAGAAAGCAAAGCAUUUAAAGGACCGCUGUUUUAUGUGGAACAGAACGACGUUAACGACUUGCUUGAUUUUCAAAUUGUGACGUCUACCGGUGUUCGGAUAAAAGCGAAACUAAAGGAGCCAAUAAAAAAAGAUGCGUUUCUUAUAGGAAGUGAGGUAGACUCUAAAGCCGAACAAAUCAUUUUUGAAAGAGAAGAUGGAACACAUUCCAUACUGGACAGCGACGGUACCUUUGUUACUCAGUUUCCUGACGGCACUCGCAUAAAAGCACGUGUCAUAUGCGACGAAAAUUUGGUAAUGUAUUUUCCACCCGAAGAGAAAAAGGAAUUGGGACGCGAAACAACUGCGACAAACAUAACCCACGACUCUUCUGAGAACCAAGAAGGUUGGCUUUUCAUAGUGGUUAAUUAUGAGUACGAACAUCCUUGUUACGCUAAAGUUUUCUACAACAGCUACCUAUACGAAACGACUGUUGAAUAUCCUAACAAAUCUAGAAUACGAUUCGACGAUACAGGCGUUGUCUUUGUUACGUUGGGCAAAGGAAUUGAUAUCAAUAUGUCGGAGAAAAGUAUAGAUAUACUGACGAAGCCUUGUCCCCUUUGUCCCUGUAAAUCAGAAUGCAAUCUUGAUAUAUCACCUUUUUAUAAUGAAAAACUUCCACUUCCUGGUAGAACGUUCUUGAAAAUGUUUGACAGUCACGGCAAAUUUUUUAAAGUGACGUAUGACGGGACUUGUAAAACCGUAAUCGGAAAAAGAAAUAUCGACAUCGAACACUGCAUGCACGAUUUCACUGAAUUAGGAAAGCUAUUUGUGGUAAACAGGGAUUUAUCAGGAAGUAAAUUUUGGGAUUCAAAAUUGCUACUUAAAUUUAAGAUGCGCAGCAAAGAUUGCACAGACCAUUCCGUAGAGUUGCACAAGAAAAGCAUGACAAAUGAAAUCAAUUGCAUAGACUUUAAAUCGGUCGUUAAAAAAGCGUAUUUCGAAGAAUUUCUGAGACCUUACGAAUAUCCAUAUUUACGUCUCAAAAUGUAUCAGCCCAAAUCACCUUCUCCCAAUAGGAUGGCUUAUACAACAUACCGAAUUAUUAAUGUAAUUCCUGCGUCUGAAAAGCUUGCUCCGUUCUACGGAGUCAUUUAUAAAGCAGUCGAGAAAAUUGAUACAGAAAUUACGGACUUUAGAUCUCUCCUGAACAGACUUACAGACGAAAGUUUGCAUACAGACCUCGAUAAUUUAAUAAAACUGCAAAUGUUAUUGAGUUCGUAUGAUGAUGUAACUGAUUGGGAUAAAAAUAUUGAAAAAAAACCGAAGCGGAGAAAACGAUCACGUAAAAACUAUGACCGACAGGCCGAAACGCAAGUACAAUUAAAAAUUCCGUUUGAAAACGAGUUUAUCCUUUGCGAAACAGAACUGGCACCCGACUUCCGUCAAGCGCUGCUUUCCUAUAAUAAAUGGUACUCCAGCUUAUUCCGUUGUAAGUGCAAAGCUCCCCAAAAACGCAUAUCCUCCAAAUGUUUUCGUAAAAGUGCCAGCACACCCAAGCUUACUUCAAAACACGCCGAACCUGCACCUUGUGAUGCCGAAAUUAAUGAUUAUUGUAAAUAUUAUAAAACACCUCCUACAGAUUUACAACCAAUUCCAAUUAAAAAAACUUGCAAGAAGCAACAAUCCGUGUCCAUAGAGUCUGUAUUGCCUACUGUGCCUUGUGCAGUGGAUCCCUUCUUACAGGACGCAAAGCCUGACUGUACGUUAUUGCCAAAAAUAGAAAACGGAAGCAAAACACAAAAGACGAUCACAGAAAAAGAUGGAAAUGUUUUCGUUUGCCAAAUACUGAAGUUAAACCCUUUAAAGGACACUGGAUCUGCUACUGCAAUGACGCCAACAGAAUUCCUUUCUGGAAACAACUUGGAUGGGACCGAAAAACGUUCGGAGAAAAGUAUUUUUGAAUCAUUUGGUCAGGGUUCACGCAAGUUUCGGAUGCCUUUCACAAUAAGAAGCACAGGGAUCAACAACCAAUUUUCUAGAGGAGUUCCUACUGUUAAUAAUAUCCACGGGGAUUUUUAUGACGUUAAUUUGCCAAGUACCAGCAAUAGUAGUAGCGAUAAAUUCGUAAAUAAAUAUUCAGCUUUCGGAGAGGGUAGAAAGAGAGAUAUCAAUCAUGCAGAGGGUUCAACCAAUCUCAAGGUGCUAACAGAAGCUGUCGAUACAAAGAAGAAAACUGAUAUAGCAAGAACUAGAGGAAGAAGUAAUGCAGAUGGAUUUUCAUUCCGAAACUCAAAAGAAAUGAAUAUUCAACAGAAGAGACGUGGUAAUGAAUUAAAUUUAAAGACUUCUUCGAUACAUCGGUACGCACAACCUGUUGGUUUGAAUACAAAAGACAAGAAGAAAUCUCUAAAUGCGAAAGGAAGCAACGAGAAUCCAACAUUAUCUGGAAAUUGUUUAAGAAGAGUUUCGAACACAAUUAAUCUUAACACUAAAACUUCUAGAAGUUUUCUAAAGAGAGAGAGUGAUACAAAAGUUAUAACUGCAGCGUCCCAAGCGAAGAUGAUAUUUUCUGGAACGCUCUAUUCAAAACUUGCCACAAGUGGUUCUACAAGUAGCCUGAAAGGAAAUUUUCAGUACAGUUUAAAUGGACAUGAAAAAGAUAAAAUGUACAAAAGUCCUGGACAUGGGAAUAAGUCUUUUAUGAAGAAGUUCGUCGCUCCCGACGAACUUAAAGAAAUUGUAUCGGAGCUGAGUAUUUUUGAUCGUAAUCAUUCGAAAAGGAAUAUCCGUCGUAACGUAACACAAAAAUAGGAAAUUAAUAAUUUAAAUAAUUCA